CCCGCCGGCAGCCCAGCGGUCUGUCCCGGGCCGGCGGCCCCCGCCUGCCGCCGCCGCCGGCCCCGCCCCCGGGCACCAUGCUGCCCUCGCAGGAGGCCUCCAAGCUCUACCACGAGCACUACAUGCGGAACUCGCGGGCCAUCGGCGUGCUGUGGGCCAUCUUCACCAUCUGCUUCGCCAUCAUCAACGUGGUGGUCUUCAUCCAGCCCUACUGGGUGGGCGACAGCGUGAGCACCCCCAAGCCUGGCUACUUCGGCCUCUUCCACUACUGCGUGGGCAGCGGGCUGGCGGGCCGCGAGCUCACCUGCCGGGGCUCCUUCACCGACUUCAGCACCAUCCCGUCCGGCGCCUUCAAGGCGGCCGCCUUCUUCGUGCUGCUCUCCAUGGUGCUGAUCCUGGGCUGCAUCACCUGCUUUGCGCUUUUCUUCUUCUGCAACACCGCCACGGUCUACAAGAUCUGCGCCUGGAUGCAGCUCUUGGCAGCUCUGUGCCUCGUCCUGGGCUGCAUGAUCUUCCCCGACGGCUGGGACGCCGAGACCAUCCGGGACAUGUGCGGGGCCAAGACAGGGAAGUACUCCCUGGGGGACUGUUCGGUGCGCUGGGCGUACAUCCUGGCCAUAAUCGGCAUCCUCAACGCCCUCAUCCUCUCCUUCCUCGCCUUCGUGCUGGGCAACCGGCAAACAGACCUGCUGCAGGAGGAGCUCAAGCAGGAGAAUAAGGCAAAGAAAUGAUAAAUACAAAAGAUUUUGUGGGCUCUACAGUAAGCUCUGUGUUGCGGCCAGGGGCUGACGUUUCUGGAUGGGGAGUCCUUCCCUGCCCCGUGGCUCACUCACAGGGACCCUGAAAGCCAGGAUCACAGCCCAGGGAUUGGCCUGAUCUCAGCUUGUCCUGUCUCCUGCUCUCUCAUCCAUCCACUCAGGCUCCGAGAAAAGACCUGAUCUCAGACCGACUUCUCACCUACGACCAGCCUUUGAGGUCCAGGCUUUGAAGAGAAGAUGGGGCCUGUCCAUAGCCUGGCAGAGGGGAGAGGCGCUCUAGACCCUAGGGGGGCCUGAUCCUGGCUCCUGCCUCAAUUUAACCUAAAGGAGCCCGAACCCCACAGUCCAUUGGGCUUUUCCUCUCUUCUCUAGACUGGCCUGGAGCCUGGAGGUCCCUGCAGAUCCCCAGGGGAAGAAGGCACUGUGGUUCUAGCUCUCUCAGCCUGGAGGGCUGCUGCCUGGCUGUAUCCUCGCCUCUCUGGUUCCUGUCUACUACAGAAUUUAUUCAAGACACUGCCCCAGGUGGGCAGGUGGGCUGGACUUUUCCUCCUCUUCCUUUUUUUUUGUUGCCGAGGAUGGUUCCACCAUGUCUGCCACAGAGCUCCGGUGCCACCAGCCUCCCAGGGCCUCCCCUGCCUCUAUUCCAGCCUGCUCCCAGCACUCCCAAAGGAAUCUGAGCUGUGCCAAGGGAGAAAACACAGGGAUUCCCUGUCAGCUGUGGACUGCGGCCCUGGUCAGCCCAGAAUCUGAGAAAAGACAGGCUCUGGAGGCAGCUGGAACUUACAAGCUGCUCAACCUGGGGCUGGCCUGGCCUCUGCCGGAAUGUCUCCUUGGUGACUGGACCCUUGACCCUGGCCUGUUUUGUACAGCACAGACUUAUGGGCCCUGUGGUCGGGGUUGGGGUUGGGGAGGGGGGUCCAAGAUGGGGAAUUGGGGGAUGCAUUACCCCUUCUGCCCCUUCCUAUGCCCCCCACACCAUGGGCAUCUGCCAAGGGCAGAGACUGUCUUGCCUCUUUGAUACUUUUCUGCAUAACUUGAACUUGCAGGUCACCUCUGAACAGGGUACCCUUGUCCCCAUCCCUAGGCCUUGUUACCCUGUCCCUGCCUCUUCCUCCUCCUUGCCCACCUCUCGCCUUGCGAUGUGCCCAGGGUCUGCAACCUAAUGGGCAGUGCUUGGAGCUGAGGCAUGAGUGAGUAUGUAUGUGUGUGUGUGAGAGUAUGUGUGAGUGUGUGCGCGUGCGUGUGUGUUGUGGAGGGGCAGAUGAGAAAUUUUCACCCUCUCCUCCCACUGUGGGGGCUUAGCAGGGAGCAAGUGAGGGACUCCGGGUGUUUUUUUGAACAUCUCUCAUUACCUUGUGGAUUUGGUGGCAGAGCCAUCUAGCUUUGGAAGUUCUCCACCCUGGGGCCUGGACCACCCCUUUCUGCAAUCAGUCAAGGGCAGCAGACUAGCUAGUGUGCCACCAGACACACUGCUGCCUGGUCUCCUGUUGAGAAAGAGUGUGGCGCCCCCUGCAGGCUCCACCGGGAAGUGCAUUAUCAUUUAGUAAUGUGGCCUCACCUGGAGGGGAGGAAAGCAGCUGGAGUGCCAUGUAUUUGCCACCCUUGUAUUCAUUUCAGUAAGAUGUGGACCUGAGAGUUAGGAUUCUCAAGAAUCCACCUCUGCUCGGCUCCUUCCUCUGGACCCUAACUAGAGUCAGAUGCUGGGUCUGGGAGGGUUCUUGACACCUGGAACUUACCAAGUCCUGACCCCUACUCCCCCAAAGCUCUGGGCCCUGCACUGUGUUCCCCCAACCUGUCCCUACCAACCCCCUCCCUGAAGCCACACCACAGGAGCCUUCCCAGCAGGCAACCUGGACACCAGGGUUUUACAUGGGAGGGUGAGGGGAGCCCCAUGGCAGGAACUGGGUUUGGGUAGGAGUGGGGUCCCCAAAGAGUCAAACCAAAGCCCAGUAUUAGAGGAAGAGGGCAGAGUUGGAGAGGGCCAGGAGGGGCCGGGAGCAAGUGAUUGGCAAUGAGGAAGAGAGGUGGGGAGAGUGGGAGGUGCAGAGUUACCAGAGACAGGGGAAAGGAGAAGACAGACGUGCGAGAGGAGGGGCAGAAAGAGGUGGCGAGAGUGUGGAGGGAGGGCGGGAGGAUCUGAGAGACGUGCCGGAAAAGGAAUAGGGGAAGAGGCAAAUGGAGAGAAGAUUUCCAGGGUGCAUACCUGAGAUGCCUGGGAAAGAGAGUGUGAAGGAGAGGAUGAAGGAAGCAAGGUGACAGGGAACGAGGAAAGCGGCUGUGUGAGAACAGUGGGAAAGAGGGAGCUUGUUCCUUCAAGGACAGCUGCUGCCCAUGGGUGCCACCAGACCCCUGUGCUUCUGUGGAGAGGUUAGAACUGACCCCCUCAGAUGACAAGCAGCUGGAGGUCUGGGGCCCAAGCGGUCAAGGCCCCAUCUCUCCAAGGAUUGGAGUGGGGGAACCACAACCAGAAUGGAAGGAGCCCAGGCUCCUGCUAUCAAUGGAUUAGCGCUGCUGGUUGGUAGGGAAGAGGGAAGCUAAUUCCCUUUUGGGUGGUCUGACGAGGUUCCCAUGCCACCCUCCAUACAGCCAGAUGUGGCCCGGGUAGAGCAAGAGGCAACCUGGAGAUGCACCAAGGAAUCUGGGGUUAGGAAAGCAAGGUUGGGUGGGCUGAAGUCCAGCAUGGAGAAGGGACAGAAAUUGCAUUGGGGGCCAAACUAUAGCCUCGCCCCUAAGAGUUCAGCAGAGGGUGGGGGCAGAUGCUUCAGCCAAGAGCCCGGGAGAGGCCUGGUCAAGCACAAGACUCUGAUGACUCUCCUGGGGCAAUGAAGACCUCAUGGAAAGGCAGGCCUAUGUGGGCAAAGUAGCCUUGGCCUUUGAGAGGAAGUCCUCUGACCAAGAACCUCCUGGCCUUGUGUCCCUGAAAGAGUCCUAUGUCAACUGUGACUGGAUCAGGGGAUCUGGCACAAUCCAGUUUUUUCUACCCUGGAAAUUCUUCCAAGAAGAGUGAAAGCAGCCGCAACCUGGAAGUGGUUCAGUCUCUGGCCCACGGUGCUGAUCAGUGAAGUCCUUCUAGGUUAUGGGAUGUGAAACCAGAACCUAGGGAGGAAAACUUUCCGAAGGGGUGAGAAUGUAGGUAGGAUUAAGAUCCUUUUUAGGCCUGGAAAGUGAAUAAGGUGAGUGUCUUUAGAUAGGGCUAGAUAGAAAGUGUCCCUGGCCUUCUGAGAUUCCUGCUUGAGACCAGGGAGAAUUGCCCUCCUCCAGUUUCCAGUGUGAAUUAAGAAAGGGAAACCCUGUCUUUGGAGAAGCUGGGGUCUUCCCAGCACUAGAAACUUCCACAGGCCCCUGCCUGGUUCAGGGCUAGCUUUUGGGAGGGACUGGAGUUUCCUGAGAAAGGAACAGGGAGCCAUAGUCCUUCCCCAGGGCUCUGUCGGAGCUCUGAGGGCCUGUGCUGUGUCAUUAGGGUAGCUUGGUGUCAUCUACACCCCAUUAGUAAGUUCCGUCUGAAUGUGUCCUUGCCGUUCAUUGUCCAGUUUGGUACCAUUUAUUUUGGACCUGACCCCUUCUGCUGCUGCUGGGUUUGAGCUUCAGUGCAGGUGGAAUGACAUUCAAAUAAAGAAACACUUUAUAUCA